AUGAGUGGAAUUCAUCGCUUCCUUACCCGCCGGGAUCGGUCAAAGGGUGCUUCCCGUCAAGCUAAAGAAGAGCACCAAGUCGGUCCUGCGUUGCCUCUGCUACGAGGCUUUUUCGUUUCACAAGCCAGCAAAGAAGAUAGCCAAGAGCAUGAGAAGAAGGUGAAGUUGGUCGAAUCCCACCUUCGCUCCCUCGGCUACUCUACCCUAGAGGAGGCGCAUGUCAGACAUGCCCUCAAAAACACCAAUGAUGAUGUCGAGAAAGCAAUCAGCCUCCUGCUGUUGUUCGAAGACUCCAUUGAGGGCAUCAUUCGACCCUACACACCCAGGACGAAGCUCCUGGGUGCUGAAAACCGACAGGGUGUCACCUGCUAUCUGGACUCCCUACUUUUUGCCAUGUUUGCCCGUCUCGACUGCUUUGAAGCGAUUUUGUACAAAUCCUUCAAUGACGAGCCCCGCAGAAAGCUGGCUAUCCUGUUGAGAUUCUGGGUGAAUCUUCUUCGAGCUGGGAAGUUGAUCACUACCGAUAUCACCCAGCAUAUUCAGGAGGCCUUGGCAGAGUGUGGUUGGGAGGACGCAUCCAGACUGCAGCAGCAAGAUGCCUCCGAGGCCUUUACCUUCAUUACCGGAACGCUUGAGUUGCCUCUCCUUACCCUGAAGAUGGAUAUUUACCAUACAGGGAAGGAAGACGUCAGUGACGACCACAAGUUCGUCAAUGAGCGACUUCUAGAGGUGGCUAUCCCACCCGAGCCGGCCGAUGGCUCUACCAUCACUCUGGAAGAUUGCCUGGAGGCCUACUUCAAUAAUCGCAUUGAAGUAAAGCGAUAUCUUGAAAGACGCAACACUCUGAGCUCCCUGAGCUCCCGGCGAUCUAGUGAUUCGCUCUCGAUAUCCAAGGGAUUCACUGCACACGUCGAAGAAGUCGAGACAACCCCAACACCGUCUCCAGCACAGUCUACCUCACCUGUACCCGAGAAGUCAAACCCGUGGCCAUCAAUCUCGGGAGCCGCCAACUCUGUGGGCUCACGAAAGCCCGGUCGGCGUGACAGCAUUGUCCGCGAGAGGUUCAUUCCGGACACAAGUGAGGUGCAGACGGGUGAUGGAGAUUCGGAGCAACCCCGGAGAGGCAUCCUUAGGAAGGAAGUGAUGAUGCCUGCUUGGCAAUUCUUCAGCCUCAUUCCUUGGUUCACCGAAAACACCCCCACAAAUGACGCUCAAGUGGCAGCGCAUUUUUCAUCCCAACGGCCCAUUCUCGGCGUGUGUCUGAAGCGAUACUCUUUCACUCCGAAUGGAAAGGCCAUCCGCCUCAAUACCUACAUUGACAUCCCAGUUGAAAUCGGUAUCCCCAAGUUCAUCCAAGAUGACAAUAUGGAUGUUUCUGGCGAUUUCAAGCUUUCCUUGCAGGCCGUAGUCUGUCACCGUGGAACCUCGGUGGACUCGGGCCAUUACAUCUCCCUGGUUCGAGGCACCAGCCCCAAUGCCGCCCCACCCAGCAGCUCUGGGGAUGGUGCUAAGCCACAAGGCACCGAAUCCCCUAAACACUGGAUGCGAUUUGACGACCUUGCUUCUGAGAGAAUCACCCUCAUCGAUAUCGAGACUGCCCUGAAGACUGAGUCUCCUUAUCUCCUGUUCUAUCAGAUCCUUCCGAUUGACCAGGAUGCGUCCCUGGCCAAUCUCUCGAACAAGCCGUCGUCACUCGCAUCCGAUACCACACUCGACGUGGAGAUGGGUGAUGUGUAUCGAAAGCUGUCAAGCCUAGCGGCUGACACGGAUGGUAGCACCACCGAAGAUGUCACCUCAGCUAGGCCUAGCUUCGAGAUCACUAGCCCGGACAACACCACUCAGCCGCUUGUAAACACUGAGCGACGGUCGAGUGUGGUAUUCUCAGAUCCUCCCUUCACUGGGCCUCCUCGUUCCAUGCCGUCAAUGUCACCACGCUUGAUGCCUAUGGAAGAGGAGGGUACCAGGGGGUCGUUUAGUUUCUCUCGGCGUGGUUCUCGAGCCACCAAGAGCAAUUCUGGUAGUCGCGCGGGAAGCCAGUCCGGCGAAAACAGAAUUAGCUCAACCUUCUCUCGCUUUGCUGGUCGUCUGAGCAGAGACAAGAUCACAAGUGAUGGCGAAGGUGAGGUGGACGAGUCCGCCUUUGAGACUGACGAUGCCGCGGCCGACGACAUCAACCUGGGACCCGCCAGGUUGGAGUCGAAGGAUAAACCCGGCAAGGAUCGAGGGUCAAAGGGCAAGGCGAAGGGGAAGUCCAAGGAGAAAUCCAAGGACAAGAGUCGAAAGCCGGACCGGGAAUGUGUUGUGAUGUAG